CCUCGGAGCGGUGCGGCAGGACGUCGGCAGCAGGAGAAGAUAGACUGAAUGAGAAGGCAAAGACAAAACAGCCAGGUUAUAGGAACGAUGUAGCACAGAUAUGAAAGAGAGAAGCCGCCCGCUUCGCCAUCAAAAUAACGGAGACCUUGCUGCUCUCAGUCCAGUCAGAGAAAAAAAAAAAGCUUUGUUUUUUGUUUUCUUUCUUUUUUUUGCCCCCCUUUGAAAUAACCGAAAACCUGGCCGGGUCCGACGGACAGCAGCAGAAUGGAUGGAAAACCUCAGGACUAGCGACCCGUUCUCUGGCAAGCAGACCGAGAGGGACGAAAGCGCGCCUGGCGGAGCGUUUAAUGACUAAAAGAGGCAGAGAAUAAGCAGCCGGGGAGUCAAUUUUUCACCUCUCCAGGUUACAGCCGCCUAUUGUUUUUUUUUCUCCCACACACACACACAUUCCGGCGGUGGGAUGCUCCCCUAGGCUUGGCCGCAUACAGCAUCAGCGGAGGGAAUAUGGGUGAAGUUCAGGACGUCAGGGAUGCGAGGAGGAGCUCCGUCGCUCCGGUGAUAAAGUCCUUCGAGCAUUAUGACUUUUCUCGGGCCAAAAUCUGUUGCAGCCUCGGGUGGCUGGUGGCCAAGGCGUACGGGACAGACAGCGUCCCCGCAGACCUGAAGGAGCCCUUCUACACCGACCAGUACGAGCAGGAGCACCUGAAGCCCCCCGUGGCCAGCCUCCUGCUCUCUGCCGACCUGUACUGCCGGGCCGGCAGCCUCAUCCUGAGGAGCGACGCCGCCAAGCCUCUGCUGGGCCACGAGGCCGUCAUCCAGGCGCUGGCUCAGCGCGGCCUCUACGUCACCGACCAGGAGAGACUGGUCACUGAGCGGGACCUGCGCAAGAGGCCUCUGCAGAUGGGCGCCCACUUGGCCAUGAUCGACACCCUGAUGAUGGCCUACACAGUAGAGACUGUAAGCACGGAGAAGGUGAAGGCCUGCAUUAAUCAGUAUUCGUCCUGCGACUCUGAGGAGGAGAAACCGUAUGAUACAGAGGACGCGGUGACCAUCUGGAUUAACAAGGUAAAUGAGUAUCUGAAAGACAUUGUUGCUCAGGAGCAGAAGAAGAAGGAGACACAGAGCGCCGAGCAGACCGGGAGUCCUCGGUCUCCAACCAAGUGGUACAUGAAGCUUGUACCUGCUCGCUACAGGAAAGAGCAGGCGUCGACGCAGCCAGCCCCGUGGAUCCCCUCUGUGGACAACCUGCUUAAGGACAGCACAGACGGCUCGGCUCUGGGUGCACUGCUGCACUUCUACUGCCCUCAGCUGCUGCCACUGGAGGAUGUGUGUCUGAAGGAGAAUAUGAGUCUGGCGGACCGUCUCUACAACCUGCAGCUCAUACAGGACUUCUGCAAGGACAACCUGAACAGCUGCUGCCACUUCAGCCUGGAGGACAUGCUCUACGCCUCCUCGGCCAUCAAGAAUAACUACCUGGUGUUCAUUGCAGAGCUGUUUUGGUGGUUUGAGGUGGUUAAGCCGUCUUUCGUAAAGCCAAGAAUCCUCGAAAAUGAAGGCACUGAACCUUCAUCCAUAUUGAAAAAUAUGCCUCUAAUUCCCAUCUCCAAAGCCACCAAGAGGAGCUUCAUGGAAAGGCCUCCAAGUCCUGAAAGGCCGAGUUUACCCCUUCGACCCCAGCCUCGUAACGCAGGAGAGAUCAAGAGGUCGAGCUCCAUGUCCUUCGUUGAUGGUAACCUAGGCACAUGGCCCAAAGAAAAAAGGUCUGGGCCUUACGGCGUGUCGUUCGACAUCCCAUUCGACAAAGACGAUUCUGCUCCUGCCGCACCUUCCUCUACACACGGGAUGGUUAGAUCGAUCAGCACCGACGAAGGUUUUGGGUUUAAGGUCAGCCACAUGCCCCGUGGAAUGAAGAGGAACCUGUCCUUCCAGCCAGUGAACGGUCAGAGCAUUGGUAUACAGGAGGAAGGCUGCCCAGACGGCCUUGCAGCAACGGAUCCCUGCAUGCCGGCGUUCCCCAACGGGCAUGGAAGUGUCCUGGCAUCAGCUCCUUCCAUGGAGGAAGCCCUCCAGAUCGUCCACAGCCCAACCAAGGCACCCGUAGAGGGCAUAAACAAUGGUUUCUUCCUGCACUGCCAAGACCGCGGGGAUGGCGCUGGGGGUUUGGACCCUGUGUCGGAGUCAGAUUCCAAGGAGCCUUUGAGCACCACAGACCCCACCGAGGUGGACACGGGCAUCCACAUCCGAACGGAGGACAUGCUGGACGAAGAUUCCUCUUUGAAGGACUGCUCCGUGAACAUGGAUCUGGAUGCGGACACGCCGAGCCCCUGUCCGAGCAACCAGAGCAGAUCUCCCUCGGGAGUGAAGAUGACCAGCUUUGCCGAGCAGAAGAUGAGGAAGCUCAGUCCGUCAGCCCCAGAUUCAGGCAGAGGAAGCAGCAGCUCCAUGAAGACCCCUCCGGAGGGCUCAGAGUUUGCCCUCCCGCUGUCAGUCUCCUGGGCGCCGACGCCCGAGCACAGCCCCGUCCGUCAACCCACCACGCCGACCGUUGCGACACCCGCAGCCGUCCAGCUUCCACCCAGCGACCCGGCGCAGGCCAUGGCCACAGAGAUGGUCCAGCUGAGGAUACGGCUGGAGGAGAAGCGCAAGGCUAUCGAAGCUCAGAAGAAGAAAGUGGAGGCCGCUUUUACGAGGCAUCGGCAGAAGAUGGGCCACUCGGCAUUCCUCAACGUGGUCAAGAGGAAAGCCGACGGGGCGGCCAGCGGGGAGGAAGGCAGGCAAGCCGAGGGAGAGGGGAAGCCGGCAAGCACAAGUCCCACCUUUAAAUUCGGCAGGAGCAAGGCGUACACACCCGACGGAGCAGAGCAAAGCUGCGCACCCUCCUGUUGGCAGAAGACGCCGGGCGCAGGGGACGAGGGUGGACAGAGCCACGCUCAGGUCACCGAAGCGGAUCUGUCCGAGUACACGCGUUCUAUCGAGAAGCUCAACCACUCGUUAGCGUUCCUCCAGGCUGAGAUGCAGCGCCUGGCGCAGCAGCAGGAAGUGAUCAUGGCCAUGAGGGGACAGCAGCACCAGCAGGCGUGGGUCAUCCCCCCUCCUCACGCUAACCCGUCGCCACAGAAGCACCCUCGACCCGGAGCCGUCACCCGCUCCUCGGGGCCUUCGUCUCCCGCCGACUCCCCCCGCUCCACCCGUCGCUCUCCGACCAGCAUCAAACGCAAAUCGGCCUCCUUCCACUCGCGCAAUCCUCGCACCGCCCGACCCAACGAGCUCAAGCUGGCCCCGUACAGCCGCGUCCUGACCGCCCCGCAGUCGGUUGACAGCAUCCCGAGGCUGCGCAGGUUCUCCCCUUGCCAGCCUUCGACCAGCUCCUUUAUGUACAUGGGGGAGGAGCCGGCACCCGGCGGCCCAGACGGGGAUAACGCCAAGGAGACCGACUCAGCCCCGUCUCCUCACAGCUCCCCCAACCGGCGGGCCUACAGAGAGCAAAGUGAAGCAGCUGCAAACUCCCCGACCCAGGAAAUAGAAGUCCAGACCCACGAAGAGAUGUCAGCCGCUGCGAAAGGCGACCAGAACCACACAGUUCAGAAAUCAUUUGUUGAAGUUAAGCCUUCGUUCCCUGAGGUUCUGGCCCACCCGGUGGUGGAGACCUUCACCCUGACGCCCACAGAGAUACCUCUCAACCCAGAAGCCUCCAGCCAAGCCGAAGGCAGCCUGAUUGAGCUUCCUCUGUCAGGCGUGAGGACGACGACGGAGGACCUGACGACUGACGAUGAUUUGGAGACGGAUCAAGGCAGCACCGAGAGCGUGGAUGACGACGAGCGAAAGCUGUGCCGCGGAUUCUUCUUCAAGGAGGAUGGAAAGGCAGAGGAGAACAUGGCGCAGAGGAGAGCUGCCCUGCUGGAGAAAAGGAUGAGGAGAGAGAAAGAGAGCCAGAUGAGGAAGAUGCAGCUGGAGGCCGAGUUGGAGCAGAAGAAAGAGGAAGCUCGACUGAAAGCAGAAGAGGAGCGUGUCAGGAAGGAGGAGGACAAGGCCAGGAAGGAGUUCAUCAAGCAGGAGUACCUCAGGAGGAAGCAGCUGAAGCUGAUGGAGGACAUGGACACCGUCAUCAAGCCUCGACCGGCCAAGCCGAAGCGGGGCCGGCCCAAGUCCAUCCACCGCGACAGCGUGGACUCCCCAAAGACGCCCGUUAGGGCUGCCACAGGUUCACGGCAGCGUUUCUUUUCAGUCUCCAGCCUGUCUCUGGCUUCGCUGACUUUGGGCGACAGUGACAGCGUUCACUCGGACAAAAGAGCACCAAGAAGUUCUAGUUUAGCCUCUAGCCGUCUCUUCUACUUUCUGAGCUCUCCCAAACAGAGAAGGAGAAGGCCAGACUCCGCCGAUGGCUUCCUCUCGCCGAGUCGCUCCAGCAGCAGGAAUGGAGAAAAGGACUGGGAGAACGCCUCCACCACCUCUUCUGUGACAUCCAACACAGAGUAUACUGGACCAAGGCUGUACAAAGAGCCCAGUGCCAAAUCGAACAAACACAUCAUCCAGAACGCUCUGGCCCACUGCUGCCUCGCAGGCAAGGUCAACGAGGGACAAAAGAACAAGAUCCUGGAGGAAAUGGAAAAAUCAGAGGCCAACAACUUCCUGGUUUUGUUCCGGGACUCCGGCUGCCAGUUUCGAUCCCUCUACACCUACUGCCCCGAGACGGAGGCGAUCAACAAGCUCACGGGCAUCGGCCCCAAGAGCAUCGCGCGCAAGAUGAUCGACGGCCUCUACAAGUACAACUCGGACAAAAAGCAGUUCAGUCAGAUCCCGGCGAAGACCAUGUCGGCCAGCGUGGACGCCGUGACCAUCCACAACCACCUCUGGCAAGCCAAGAAGCCAGCCACCCCUAAGAAAGUAGUGCCUGCACAGUCCUAAUAGAACUCUCUCCGGCCCCAGUCAGAACCCGCCUCAGUUUGCACUCCGCUGUACAUAUCCAUAACGAUUCCAACACCUGCAAUGCCAGUUUGAUGAAUGCAUAUUUGUCUUUUUUUUUUAUGUUAAUUACUCUCUCACUGCAUCCCUGCCUAUCCUACGUACUAUGGGCUCAGCGGGGACAGGAUGCGUCAGAUUAUGAACAACUGGAAUGUAUGAUACUGUUAAACAAGUGAUUGACAACGUUUGGGUCAUUCUGUAAAGAGUAUUGUUCUGUUUUUUUUUUUUUUAAUGUGCCAAAAGUCAAAAAAAAAUUGAGACAGUAUGAAUGCAAGGACCUUUUAACGUGGUACACUGAAGCGCUGAAUGUUUUCGUGUACAGAGGGAUUUCUCUUUGCUUUGUCCCGUUGAUAUCGGGCCUUAUGCACGUUUUUCAUUGUCCGUGAGCACAUUGAAGGAAUUAAGCGUAAACUUUUUAUGUGCGUUUCGAAGGAGACCCGUUUACUUUAAUGUCUUUGGAUUUAACGGUUUGUAUGAAAGGGUUGUAGAACCUGCAAAGGGCCAAAAAAAAAAAAA